CCAGCCCACAAGCCUUCGAAGCAAAACGCUGCCAGUGGAGCCAAACCCACUUUAUUCAGCUGAACUAUUCUGCUCUUAAAGCUGGAAGACCAGAGGCUGAGAAUCAUGAUGAGCAGAUUUUUCACUUGCGUGCUGGCUUUACUGCGUUUCUGCCUUUCUGCUGGCUCCUCUACACCACAGACAUUGCCUGAUAUUGGAGAUGCCGAGUUUAUUGAGCAAUGUGUGACAGAGCAUAACAAAUUCCGGUCUGCAGUGAGCCCACCAGCCAGCGACAUGCUCUACAUGACUUGGGAUCCAGAUUUGGCGAAGACUGCGAAAGCUUGGGCGAAGAGAUGCCAGUUUAAACAUAACACAUACCUCAAAGAGCCAGGGCAGACUCACCCCAGGUUUACCUCUGUUGGAGAAAACAUCUGGACUGGCUCGCUCUCGAUAUUUUCUGUGAAAGGAGCCAUCACCUCCUGGUACAAUGAGGUCAAAGACUACAGUUAUACCGCCAAUAGUUGUAGAAGAGUGUGCGGCCAUUACACACAGAUUGUUUGGGCUCGAAGCUACAAGGUUGGCUGUGCUGUCCACUUCUGUCCCACGGUGCAGUACUUCUCAGGAAAAAAUGCAGCACACUUUAUCUGCAACUACGGGCCGGCGGGGAAUUAUGGCAGGCACCCCUACGAGACGGGAGCAGCAUGCAGCAAAUGCAAGGGCGAUCAGUGUGCCAAGAACCUGUGUCGAAACCCAGAGCGUGACAAAGUCAUUAGUGAUUCCAAGUGGUAUCCAGCCUGGGACAGACCUGCCUGUGAUGAGUACUGCAUUUCUGUGGUUGUUUUAAGGCUGCUCUUCUUUAUUCUGACAAUCCCAGCCGCCUGGAUCCUGCCCAAGUACUGGUCUAUAGCACCUGCCAGCGAGUAACGCACAGGAGACUGUGAGAGCAUUUGGGUUGAUUUUUUCCUUUCCUGUUUGUAAACUACUAGAAGCACAGACACACACAAAAUAAUAAAAAUAAAAUAUGGGUAGAGACAUUG